AUGGCGCAGGAGACAUUUCUGCCGGGGGAAGAGCCCCUCCGCCGCCGCCAGCGCCCAAGUGGCGCCGCCUUACUCUGGGCGUCGCUGGCGAGUGCGGCCUUGGGAGGGCCCCUGCUGGCCAUGAUGGGCUUCACCCUUAUGGCCUCCCUCACCCUCCUGCUGGUGGCCUCCCCCUUGCUUCUCCUCUUCAGCCCACUGCUCUUCUCCGCCGGCUUCCUCCUCGCUGCCUCCACGGUGUGCUUCGCCGCCGCGUCCGCCAUGGCCCUCGCAGGCGCCUCUGCGUUUGCGUGGUUGAUCUCCGCCGUCCGCGGCGGCGGCGGCGAGGGACCCGCCGCCGCCCUCGCCUUGACGGAAUCCGGCCGGCAGGUGAAAACCCAGUUGGGAGACCUCGGUGGCCACCUGCCUCAGCACAAGGUCCAGGUGUUCCCGGCGGAGACGAAAGUCAAUCGAGGUUAA